AGCCUUCGCGACCGGCCGCGACCGGCCGCGACCGGCCCACGGGUGCCCGCCUCCUCUGGGCGGUCGGAGCUGACAAGACGCCGGGAGCGCCUGACCCGAGCUCCGCUGUGGACACGAAGACUGAGCAUUUUUGGAUCCGCCCUUUCUUUCUCAUGGCUUCCUGGAGUGGAAGCCUCCCGUUUUGCUCACCCGAAGCAGUGAAGGUCGCUCCGCCCCCCAUGGCGAGCGCGCUGGCGCCACUGGCGCCCAGCGCCGGCGGCGCGCCAGCGGACUUCCAUGCUUUAGUGCUGUCCUGCAACCGGGAUGGCAUGGAAGCCUUACGGAAAGGCCAAUCCAAAGCGGCCUUUGAGCAGUUCAAAUAUGCGGAAGCCAUCCUCAUCGCCAACCAAGCAGAAAGUGGAACGAGCCUAGCAGCUGUGACCUGCAACAACCUCGGGUGCUACUACAAGAAGGUGGGGAAGCUCCAUGGGGCUUUGAGCUACUUGCGAAGAGCCCUGCAGAUGGAGGUGGAUCUGGGCACCGACGAGGUCACCUUGGCAGGCACAAACCUCAACAUUUGUGCCAUCCUUUCGAAGCUCGAGAAGCAUGACAAGGCCGUCCAGCAUGCGCUUGCGGCAUUGGAGCUGAUCGACAGGAAGACUAGCAGCUCAGAUCCUGCAACGAUCCCAGCUGAUGACUACGCCGUCCUCGCGAUCGCGUACCACAAUGUGGCGAUUGAGCGGGAUUUGCUGCAUCAGUACGACAAGGCGGCGGCGGCCUUCCAUCAGGGCUUCGAGGUGGCCAAGCGCUGCCUGGGAGAGGAUCACCCACUGUCCGUGACCUUGGGCAAGAAUGCGGAAGCGGUGCUCCUGAAGUCACAAAAGAUGACCAAAGGGAACCCCGACACGGCCACCAUGCGGAAGCCGGACAUGGAACUGCACCGCUUCACCGCCGGGUUGACGGAGAGCACCACGCCCUCACUGCCUGCCGUGGCCUCUGCCCAGGCAGAAACGGAUCAGCCGGAGGAUCCACAGAUGUCGCAGCGGACGGUGCGGCAAGAUGCUGCCGAGUGGGUCCAGAGCGAGGAGUCCGCUUGGAACAGCUUUGCCAAGAACACCCUCACCGAGGGACGCACCAGGAAGCACGAACUCGAGGCACACUCCAAGAUGCCGGCACAGGCCAGCGAGGCCUUACGGGACUCGCAGUUGAAGGACUUGGGCUUGCCCGCCAUGCGGAACGCCGCACGUGGAAUUCCCUUCAGCUCGGGCUCCGUGCCGAAGCCACCGGUGAGUUGGGUGGGCUCGAAGAAGACACCCCUGUCCCAGGCGCUGGAUGACAUGCCUCAGAACAUUGUAGACAUCGUGGAUGCCGGCCGCACCGGGCUACAGGUGCCCCGCACGCAGCGGGCGGCGCCCAACGACUUCCGCCCUAAUCGGAUGAUCAAGGGGAACACCCGAACCUUCCGCGUGCUGCAGCGCACCUGUGCCUGGAACACCACCAAGAACCGGGAUCAGGUGAUGCAGGGCCGGCAGUUCAGCGCCGUAGAGCAACAGAAGAAUGAGUGGCUGCGGCGGGUGGCUGCGGAGCGGAUCCAAAGGACCUGGCGCGCUUGGUACAAAUACUGUCAAGAGAACUCUGAGUGGUUGCAGACCACCUGGAUCGCGGCCACCAUGAUUCAGGCGAGAUGGCGGGCCUACCACCUGAAGCGGCAAAAGCUCGACCGAGCCUCCACCAACAUGCAAAGGAUCGUGCGAGCCUUCCUGGUGCGGCGCACCUUGCAGAAGCGCCGCUGCGUGAUCAUCAUCCAGCGCCACGCUCGCGGGGUCCUCGCCCGCAACCGGCUUCGGCACAAGAACGCGGCAGCUGUGAAGUGCCAAGCCCUGAUCCGCGGUGCGCUCGCCCGACGGCAAGUGGCGAAGAGGAGGGUCGUGAUGCAUCAGCUGGCCAUCACUCUUCAGUGUGCCAUCCGAAGUCACCAGGCGAACAAGAAGGUGCAGGGCCGGCGCGACGUGAAGGCCGCCGAGCAGGCACGCGAAGAGUCCGCGGUUCACAUCCAACGAGUCUUCCGUGGCGGGCAAGGUCGAGAAGAAGCCACCCGCAAGCUUGAUCUGUACAAUCAACAGAUGGAGCAAUACAAAGCGGCCACGAAACUGCAAAGCAUGGCUCGAAGAGAUGCUGCCAUCAAGAAGGUGGAUCAGAUCCGAGCAGCGAAGUUCGAGAAGAUGAACAAGGCAGCGACCUUCAUCCGAAAGAUGUGGCUGGGUGCACGCACCCGGCGGAAGUACUUGGAGCUGAUGGAAGAGUUCGGAAGGCAUGUGCAGAAGGUGGUCACCAUUCAACGCUAUGCCCGUGGCUUUCUCGUCCGCCUGCGCAUGUGGCGCCAGGCCGUGCGGGCAGAAGAGGAACUCUGGGCAGCCUUGGAGAUUCAACGGGUCUGGCGCGGGUACCUAGGCCGAGUGAAGUGGGAGACGAAGUACGAGGAGGUCUGGCAGCGGGAGAUGGCUGCAGUCCUCAUCCAGAGGCAUAUCCGCGGCUGGUUGGCCCGCACGAAGGUCGGUCGGAUCCGGCGGCAGAUCGCGCGGGCGGAGUUCGAGCGCGCGCGCCGGCGCUUCCGGGCCGCGCAGAGGGUGCAGGCCAUGCUGCGGGGCGCCUUGGUGCGAAAGAAGUUCGCCCGGCGCUUCUGGUGCUGUCGCCAUGCGGCCGUGAACAUCCAAAGAGUCGUCCGCGGCCACGCUCUGCGCAAGCGUGUUUGGCAGCAGGUCAAAGAGCAGAAAGCCACCACCAUCCAGGCUCAUAUUCAAGGAUGGCUCGUCCGCCGAAGAAAGCUUCACUUGAUCGCCAAGGUGAUUUGCAUUCAGCGUGGUUGGAGGAGCUGGCAGCGAAAACCACUGGAGCUUCGCGAAGCUGCUCUUGCGCAAAGAAAGGAGCGCAAGGAGCAGGCAGAGAAGAUUCAGCAAGCUUUCCGGAAACAUGCAGAGCAUCAGGAAGUGAAGCGAAUCCAAGCAACGGACGCCGGGUCCAGUUCCUGAGUGGCCGGCAUUGAGCAAAGCGGUGGCACAGAGAUGACGACGUAUGAUCCCUAGCCUUC